UCAGCCUACCAAAGUAGUUGGUUUUGAGAUGGAAUUUGGUUUUGGUUGCAUGGAAGCCCAAAUACUUGAACGCAAGUAAAAAUAUCCAGAAUCGAAUCAAGUUGAAUUCUACUGUCCCUUCCUUUAUUUCUGCAUAUUAGGACACUACCCAAUAAUACUAUUACACUUAUGUGUUGAUAAGGGUUUUGUAAGGACCACUUUCAAAAUAUGUCAACCACUUAUGAUCAUACAAUAUCUCAAUAUAGGUUUUUCCCCCAGAAAUUUAUUUUAAUGGGUCCACGAAACUCCUUGAAAACAAGCCAAAGCUUUAUAUAACUAUUUCUAUAGGUUAAGUAAUUGGGAGAGUAAUGAGGGGGGAAAAAGGUAAAUCCAGCAGAACCCUAUCAGGUGAUGUGGUUUGAGCCAUCAGUUUCAAAGUAAGAGACUUCCAUGGUAGUUUUUAAUAUGUAAUGGAAUUUGUAACUGAAAGCCUUCAGAAUUCUAUAGGGAGCUGCUUACAAUCGUUCCUCUAUAUCCUGUGAGUUGAUAUUUGGUAUUAAACACAUAGUUUUAUAGACAUGCUAAAUCCCAGAGGAGAGAAAUGCUCAUGUAAUGAUCUGUAUCCUGUGAGGAUUCAAAAGUGCUUUUCUGUUGCCAAAAUGCCCCUGCUGGCCUCAUGAAGGAAUUCCUCUUGGAUCCUGUCCACUAUAGAUGGUACCCAGGCCUGACACAUUGUAUCCCACAGGACUCGAAGCCUCCUUGCCAUCUGUUUCAUUGCUGGUAGCAGAGCACUCCCAACUGUGGUCUCCUCAAAGACACUGGUAGUAUGUUUGAAUUUGGUUUUGUGUGUACUGUAGCUGUAGACGGCCGGUCCCACUUAGACUCGCUUUUAGCGCAUCCUUUUACAGCGCUUUCUAUUAUUCAUGCCUGGAGUUCAUGAAGGGAGGCAGUGUUGUGAACUGCACACCGGUAAAGGACCUGGUGAGAGCGUGCUUUAGAGUUUCAGUCUGCGUAAUUGGAUUUAACAUCACACAAGGCGAAGUUUGGCGUCUGGUUUUCCUCUUCAAAAAUGGGUUCUUUGCUUCAGGGUCGUAGUCGAUGACGGUCUUGAUAGUACUAUGUUUGCCGCUGCUACCAAGAGCUUUGUUAAGCAAGUUGGAGACGGAGGGAGAUUAGUGCCUGUUCCUAGCCUCAGUGAAGCCGACAAGUACCAACCCCUGAGUCUGGUGGUGAAAAAGAAGCGCUGUUUUCUGUUUCCUAGACACAAAUUUACCUCGACGCCCUUCACACUUAAAGAUAUUCUCCUAGGAGACCGAGACAUCUCGGCCGGUAUUUCAUCUUAUCAGUUACUGAAUUAUGAAGAUGAGUCAGAUGUUUCCCUCUAUGGAAGGCGAAACAACCAUAUCGUGAAUGACGUUGGGAUUAAUGUUACUGGAUCCGAUUCCAUCGCGGUCAAAGCUUCCUUUGGUGUAGUAACCAAGCAUGAAGUGGAGGUGUCAACGUUACUCAAGGAAAUUACCGCACGAAAAAUUAACUUUGACCACAGUUUGAUCCGCCAAUCAAAGAGCAGCAGGAAAGCCGUGCUGUGCGUUGUCAUGGAGAGCAUCAGAACCACACGCCAGUGCUCCCUGUCUGUGCACGCUGGCAUUCGAGGGGAAGCCAUGCGGUUUCAUUUUAUGGAUGAACAGAAUCCCAAAGGAAGGGAAAAGGCUAUUGUUUUCCCAGCACACACAACGAUAGCCUUCAGUGUUUUCGAACUCUUCAUUUACUUGGAUGGUGCCUUUGACCUUUGUGUCACGUCAGUGUCAAAAGGAGGGUUUGAAAGGGAAGAAACGACCACCUUUGCCGUGCUCUACAGAUUGAGGAACAUCCUCUUCGAAAGAAAUAGGAGAGUGAUGGAUGCCAUCUCUCGCUCCCAGCUUUACCUGGACGAUCUCUUUGCCGACUACUAUGACAAACCCCUUAGCAUGACUGACAUUUCCCUCAAGGAGGGGACUCACAUCCGUGUGAACUUACUAAACCACAACAUUCCCAAAGGGCCCUGCAUACUCUGUGGAAUGGGGAACUUGAAACGGGAGACGGUUUACGGUUGCUUCCAGUGCUCUGUGGAUGGGGUGAAGUAUGUGAGGCUUCAUGCCGUCCCUUGUUUUGAUAUUUGGCACAAAAGAAUGAAAUAA